AGUUCAGUGAGCCUUAUUUAUGCCUUUAGAUACUCAYUGAAGGCUGUACAUCAUACACCAAUAAAGCGAGUGCCUUUCUGGACAUUUCUGAUAAAUUCAUUUGGUGUGWAGAAAGUAAGAGAAGACACGGCCAAAGGAUGUAGCUAUAAUAAGAUAUUCGAGCCACGAAAAGGGCCUGGCGAAAAUGUAGCAGUGGAAAGAACGGUGCGACAACUGACGCUUAAGUGAGAAACGCACAAGUCCAAUGCAUCAGAGAACAUUUUGAUCUUGAACUUGAUGAAGAGUGCCAAUAUGUAGUAUUUGAACAUGGAUCAGUUUUYCAAAAUUUCAACACUAGACCAAGAAAACAAGCCUUGCCCGUUCUUUAAGCCGCGCAAUGCAUGAUCAGAGAGGAGUUCAAGACAAGAAAGUAACAGAACCUGUUGGGCUCCACUUACACAUAUGAACAAAUGAUGAGAAUACAAGCUAAAACAGUGAAAAGGACAGUAUAGAGAGGCGACAGCAGUUUCCCUCACAAGCAAAUUUGUUAUGGCCAGUAAUUUACCAAACACCAGUCCUUUGAAAAAAGCUAUACUUGACGGCAACGUUGAUUUAUCAAUUGACCUAAUGACUCAAGGUGUAGUCAUCAAUCUCGCCGCGUCUGUCUUUGAAGGCAAAUUCAAUAUGUCUCCCAUGUUACGUGGCGAUCGCGAACGACUGAAGUUAAUAAUUAGAAAAAAUAUCAAAGAGGUUGCACGACUUCUGAUAAAAAAAGAUUCCGAUGUUAAUGUACCUAAUAAACACGGCCAGACCCAUUUAUUCUUGGCAUCAAUCAAUACAAAAGAAGAGGUUGCACGACUGCUGAUCGAAAAAGGUGCUGAUGUCAAUGUAUCUGACAGUAAGAGACAAACUCCAUUAUUCUUCGCAGCCAAAAAUACAAACGAAGAGGUCGCACGACUGCUGAUUGAAGAGGAUGCUGAUGUCAAUAUUUCUGAUAAGAAUGGUAAAACUCCUUUAUUCAUUGCAGCUGAAAAUACAAACGAAGGGGUUGCACGACUGCUGAUCGAAAAAGGUGCUAACGUCAAUGUUUCUGAUAGCUAUGGUCAAACUCCUUUAUUCAUUGCAGCCAAAAAUACAAAGGAAGAGGUUGCACGACUGCUGAUCGAAAAAGGUGCUAACGUCAAUUUUUCUGAUAUCUAUGGUCAAACUCCUUUAUUCAUUGCAGCCAAAAAUACAAAGGAAGAGGUUGCACGACUGCUGAUCGAAAAAGGUGCUAACGUCAAUUUUUCUGAUAUCUAUGGUCAAACUCCUUUAUUCAUUGCAGCCAAAAAUACAAAGGAAGAGGUUGCACGACUGCUGAUCGAAAAAGGUGCUGAUGUCAAUGUUUCUGAUAGGUUUGAUAAAACUAGUCCUUUAUUCAUUGCAGCUAAAAAUACAAACGAAGAGGCUGCACGACUGCUGAUCGAAAAAGGUGCUAACGUCAAUGUUUCUGAUAGGGAUGGUCAAACUCCUUUAUUCGUUGCAGCCAAAAAUAGAAACGAAGAGGUUGCACGACUGCUGAUCGAAAAAGGUGCUGAUGUCAAUGUUUCUGAUAGGCAUGGUAGAACUCCUUUAUUCAUUGCAGCUAAAAAUACAAACGAAGGGGCUGCACGACUGCUGAUCGAAAAAGGUGCUAACGUCAAUGUUUCUGAUAGCUAUGGUCAAACUCCUUUAUUCAUUGCAGCUGAAAAUAGAAACGAAGAGGUUGCACGACUGCUGAUCGAAAAAGGUGCUGAUGGCAAUGUUUCUGAUAGCUAUGGUCAAACUCCUUUAUUCAUUGCAGCUGAAAAUAGAAACGAAGAGGUUGCACGACUGCUGAUCGAAAAAGGUGCUGAUGGCAAUGUUUCUGAUAGCUAUGGUCAAACUCCUUUAUUCAUUGCAGCUGAAAAUAGAAACGAAGAGGUUGCACGACUGCUGAUCGAAAAAGGUGCUGAUGGCAAUGUUUCUGAUAGGGAUGGUCAAACUCCUUUAUUCUUUGCAGCCAAAAAUAAAAACGAAGGGGUUGCACGACUGCUGAUUAAAAAAGAAGUUGAUGUCACUGCAUCUGAUAACAGUGGAAAAACUUCAUUAUUCUUCGCAGCCACAAAUGAAAACAAACAUAUUGCGCGACUUCUGAUUGAAGAGGGUACUGAUGUCAACGCAAGGGAUAUAUAUGGCAGAACAGCAUUAUUUUAUGCAGUUCUUACCUGUCACACUGUUCAAGAGUUUAAGGUCAUAGCAAGUAUGCUUAUUCACAAGGGGGCUAAUCUAAACGAUACCGAUAACUACGAUGUCAGUGUUUUAUCAUAUUUCAUUGAAAGAUGUUGCUGUGAUGACGAGGUUUCAGCAAAAUACCAUCGUUACGGCGAUUUUGAUUUAAAUGAUAUUUAUGGUGACGGUUACGAAUUUUCGAGUGCUCAACUAAAGUUUUUCACAAAGAAUGGCAUAAAGAACUCGACAGUAGUCCGUUCAACUCUGACCUUUUUAUAUGUAAAUUUGCCAAACCACCUUCAAAGUGCUAACGGUGUGAUUCAAGAAGAAGGAAAAGAAAUUUUUGCCCAGGCGUUAUCGGUUGCCAGCAAAUACGCUGCCGAUCGUGAUCUAACAUGUAUUGAGAACUUGAAAGCUUUGCUCGACAAAGAUGAAAUACCAGAAGCUCUGGACGCCUUGAAGAUGUUAGGUGUCAAUUCGAACAGUUCCGAUUCGCAUGGAAAUACUGCCCUCCAUUAUGCUACUUUACUUCCAUUCCAUGGGGUCUCACAAGAGUGUGUAAUGAAAAUCCUCCAGACGCUAGAAAAGCACAGAUUACGAUUCAAUGUCAGAAAUCAGGAGAACGAGACACCGCUACAUUUCUGUCUUUCAGAACAAGCAUGGGAACCAGCAAUAGUAAAUGACACCUGGAGUAAAAUCGUGUCAAUAGCUGAAAUUUGUAAGUUUCUUCUUAAAGAUCGUUCGCUAAUUUUUGAAACAACGAGAAGAGGGGAAACUGUGUAUCAUUUGAUCAUGAAAUUAAUUCAAAAGGGACUAUCUAUGAAUGAUAAAGAAGUGCGAGAAGUCGUUUGCUUCAGUGCUCUAAAACAGCUUGAAUUAUUUUCCAAAGCAACUGGUAAUAAUUUAAUGGUCUUAAAUAGGAUGGAUAACAAAUGUAACUCUCCCCUCCAUCUGUGGGCUACACUUCAUCUCCCGUCAAGAGGAAACUAUGGAGAUAGCAUAACGAAAGACCUCACUUUUGAAAUGUUUCUUAACACAACGUUGAAGCAUUUAAUCAAGCCUGGAGUGAAUCCAAACCCAAGGAAUGAAGAAGAUCAAACGCCCCUUCAUCUUUGCAAUACAUGGGCUGCCUUCGAUCUCUUAUUAAACGCUGGAGCAUACACAAGUAGUCUUGAUAUACACAUACGGCCUCCACUUUUAAAUGUUGCAAAACGUCACGUCUUCGAGAAGAAAGAAGGACAUUUCUUCCCAGAUCUUAAAGAAGGUCAGAAAGAGUUCUAUGAAAGGUGUAUGUCAGGAGGUCUUGAUAUCUGGAAGUCUGACAAACACGGUGAGUCUAUUCUAACCAUCCUACUGAAAAAAGAGAUGUUUGAGCUGUCCGAGGCCUUGAUUGAAGUUGCUUGUGAUCAAGAAUUAAGUCCGUCACUCGUAAAACAAAUGGUGCAGACAAUUUGCACAGAUGCAUCCACACGUACUCACUGGAAAAGUCAUCUCAUUAGGAAAAUCUUGACAUCAAAGGAAUGUCGUCCAUCUGAUAUCAAUGAUGCACUUCUGCAUUGCUGCACGGGCAUUAAAAAACUGCACGAUCAAGGGAAAAUAGUUGUCUUUGAAGGGGCCGAUACAUCUGUCAAUGUAGAAAUUGCCAGGCAACUACGCUUACAUGGAGCAGAUAGUAAAAAAUGCAUACAUUUGUGUAAUGACUUUCCAGAGCUUGAAUCAUUUUUGGUAGAAGAAAUUGAUCUCGACGAUGUGCCAAUGAGCAUUCCAUGGACAUCAUACUCUAAAGCACAUGCUCCCAAACUUGCAAGAGUUGCAAGAAAGCAAAACGUCCAAGAAAUCGGAACUUACUUGUUCCAUGAAAAGCCUAUUGGUAGCGGAUCAUUUGGCCAUGUCUUCGCAGGAAUCAGCAAAAAAGAUGGAAGAGAGAUUGCAGUCAAAAAGAUUGAAAAACUGCGAAUGGAUCGACCUGAAGAUAGAAGGGAGAUAAAAAAUCUGACAGCAUUGGCUGACUGUUCAAAAAUCGUUAGAUACAUCUUCUUCGAUGACAACGACAAGGACUUUGCAUACAUUGUGUUAGAACUGAUGGAGGGGGAUCUGGAUGACUACUUUACAAGUUCUUCAUUUGAUCACAGUCGAAGCGGCUUGAUUUGCAAAGAUGUUGUCGAAGCACUAGCAUAUUUGCACCAGUGUAAGCCAAAACAAAUUGUUCAUCGGGAUCUGAAACCAGGCAAUAUCCUUUAUAAACUCCACCCAAUACUUUGUCUUAAGAUAGCAGAUUUUGGACUGAGUAGUCCCAUGGGAACAGGCGAGACAACAGUUUUCAGAACCAACGUUGGAACCAGAUGUUGGAUAGCUCCUGAGGUUAUUCGCUCUGUUUCUAGCCAGCAUUCAAUGAAGUCAGACAUUUUUUCUUCGGGACUCUUGUUACACUAUAUUCUGUCGAAUCAAAAGCAUCCAUUUAGUCCGCCGGGUUGUACGAGAACAUUCAGUGAAAUUAGUGUCCAUCAAACACUAAACAAUUUGCUAUACAACAAAAUGGAGGGAUGGAAUGAUUCACUCUCCCCUGAAGCAGCACACCUAGUUGAAAGCAUGCUUCAACAAGAUGAAAGCGAUCGACCAUCUGCAGCUGAUUCACUAAGUCAUCCAUUAUUUUGGUCAAACGAGAAGAAGAUGGAGUUUCUAAGAGCGGUUGGGAACCAAGAUGCGAUUGCAUGUCGACGACCUGCGUGUGGUCCAUUAAAUGCCUUCGAAUCUGAUUUAGAGAGCGCACAACCGAGAAUUAUUAACCAUGGAGAUUGGAACAAUGUAAGGUACACACAUACAUCUGAUAUUUACACUAAUAUGCAAAGUGAUCCCCAUGCUAGAAGAAAUUGUGAUACUCGAUCCGUGGUAGAGCUAGUGCGCUUUAUUAGAAAUGCCCUCGGUCACGUGUCAGAGGCCGGUCGACCAACCCUUAUGCAGAAACAAAUCCUAGACGGCGUGUUUAUGGAAGAAUUCCCAAACCUGUUGAUGGAAGUCUACAAAGCUGUCAACAAGCAUGGGUGGAACUUAAGAGAAGAAAUCAAGAAGGUUUUAGACGAUAACUGAGACAAUAAUACGCCCUUGUGACACACGCCUUACAAGCAAAACAAGAAACAUAAUGUUCUUCGCAAUAUACUUGGAAAAUCUUCAAUUUGUGUAUAUGAAUAGGAUGCGAAGAUAUUAUAUUAUGCCAAGUACCUCAAAUCUGGAUGAAAAAGUCUACCUGUUUACUUAGGAUUUUGUAAAUAAAUGUAAAUAAGCAUUUUACAAAUCGAUAUACUCAUCAAAGUGGUUACAUUACACCGGUUUGGACUUCAAGUCAAGAAACCAUAACUUAUCUUGAUUUCUUAUAUAGUAUGAUUCACUUAGAAAAUGUUUGUGUUUGUUUUAUAAUCGAUGGGGUAGAAAAACAAUUAUACUCUGAAGGUAUAAAAAGGAUUUGCAUUGUAAAUAAGCUUUAAUACGGCGAUUAUUGGAGUUCAAGAAACCACAACAGAAACUGUAAGACAUGGUUCAUGGAUAGCCUGCAAAAUAGUCGUUCUCUCUCUCUCAUUUGCAGAAUCUUACAUUCUCCCUAAAACACAGAACACUAGUUCAUGGGUAGCGUGAAUCCAUUUAAACGAUGCAUAAUGUGUGGUUUCUUGAAAUCACUUAUUAUUUCUAAAGCCGAGGUUUUCCUUUCCAAAACCUUGCAAGCUUUUUGUAUUAGCUUGAGAAACGAACAGUCGCCACUGUUGGAGAAUCCGGAAACCAGUAAAAAACAGCUUUAGAAUCCAGAAUCCAGAAUUACACCAUGUAUUAUCCGGAGUCCAAAAACAAAAUUUUUUGGUAAUCCGGAAUGUCAAGGCUUGGAAUCCGGAAUCCCAUGUUUUGGAAGCCGGAACCCAGCGCUUGGAAUCCGGAAUCCACUAGUUCUCUGGAUUCUCUUUCAUGGCGCGAGAAUAGGUAAUAAUAGCAAGAGAAGAAAACAAUCGAGUAAGUGAGUUAUAUCGUGGUGCGUUAGGAGCUUUCGAAUUUCGUUAAAAAAAGAAAAGAAAACAACAACAAUUUUUGCUGUAUCUUUUUUUUUUAUUUCUCACUAUAUAUGUGGGUAAUAAGUAUUUACAAGAUAAAUAUUCACAAAUAAAAAUAGCUAGAUAUGCUCUCUUGGGCAUAGUUAUUUUGAAAAACGUUGUCGAAGAGAAUAGCGACCGAGGAUUGAAUAGAGAUUGUAAAAUCAAACGUAACUCUGUGUAAGAAAAAUCCUGGAAGAAUCAACUCAUGCAAAAGACGUUCAUGCUGGAUAAAAUUAUAUAAUUGAAGAUUUGUCUAUGGCUCGUUUUCUAACUGGUCAUCUUUGCAAGGUUUUGAUACACCGAACGAGCCGGCUCACAUUUGAUUCAAAUUUGAUUUACUUUUUCUUACAAAAGUGGAAAAGGAAAAAAUAACACCAAAAAGAUAGAAAAUAAGAAUAAAAAUCUAUUAUGAAUCCCUUCCAGUUGUGCACUUUCUAUUCAUCCAAAUACUCUAUUCUCUCCAGACUGCAUUUUUUUAAAUGUAUUUACAAUUUUAGUUGAAAUUUUAAUAAAAUAGUAGCUUUCAUGACCKUGUGAUGUUGGCUCUGUUGCACUGUAAGGAGCUUCAAUGCGUUGUGCUAGACAAGGUGAUCCUUUGUAAGUUGCUUUAGAGUUGAAGUAGUUACAGGCCUAUAAAACAACGUUUGUUAUGUGAUA